GUAGUGACAGGUGACAUUAAAGUUGUUGAUCCGACUUUCGAGUUGUUUAGCAACGAAAAUGUUUGAUAACAAACAACACAAACAAUCUUACUUUUACUCUGUUUGUAUGCAAUUUAAUUUGCUACAAAUGAAACGCGAUUCUUAUGGCUGAAGUUCACAUUAUCGGACAAAUCUGCCAGGCCAAAGAUUUCCCCAAGCAACGACUGUUUUGCCGCUGGCACUUGCAAUUCGGGAACAACUGGAGACACGUAUCCGGCAAGAAGGAGGGCCAAACCCAGGUCAGUUGGUCUAACGUCGACAACAUUUGCAAGUGGUGUUUCCCUUUGGAUAUCCACCUAUCGACGACAGGCAUCCAAGGUUGGCCGAAGAUAUUCAUAGAAGUGUACCAUUUCGAUACGCUCGGUCGGGGCCAUAUAUUCGGCUACGGGGUGGUAACGAUACCCACCAGUCCGGGCACUUAUGUGUUAGACUGUUACACUUGGAGGCCCUUCGGUUCGUUAAAGGAACGAUUUUUCCAAUACUUCCUAGGAGGCGGCGUCCAAUUGAACCAUCCAGAUCAAGUCUUCUCAUCGGAAGAACGAUACAAACUAUCUACGGAGGCCAUGGGCGUCGUAACUCUAGACAUAAACGUCGUAUUUAGGAAUUUUGUGAACUACGGAGUGGAAUAUUGAAAGCGAAAUGCGUUCGAUCGAACUACUAUUGAGCGUUCUAGCCGUUUGUUGUGCCAAACGAUUGCUGAAAGUCGAUGAAAUCGCUCCGACCGAUACUCCUACUGUAACCACAACCGAUAGUAAUUAUACGGACGAGUUUAAUACCACAGAGUUUUAUGCAACAACAGCCGCAACGACUUCGUUGCACAACGAAUCGAGUCCCAACAACAACAACGUUGAUUUCGACAGGGAAACUUCGGAUUAUUGCACCUGCGAUUUACAGCCCGACAUUUGCGAUGUGAAUUGCUGUUGCGAUUCGGAUUGUUCCGUCGAUGAUAAAGAGAUUUUCGGCUAUUGCGAAUCCGAGCCGAGGCGUUACGAUACCCGUUACUGCGACUACAUGAAAUACAUUUACAUAAACAACACUCGUUUCCAAUGGGAAAUCAACCAGAACGGGCUGUUUUGCGUUAUCAAAAGCAACCUACCGCCUUCGUUCGUCGUGCAGAGGAAACACCCGUUGAAAACGUUUGAGGAAUCGGAAAAGGAGUCGAUCGAUAGAUUUUCGUGGCCUCGACACGAUCGAGAGGACGACGGGCAUUUCAAUCGUUCUAAAUUGGUUUACGGGAGUCCCGUUUGGAGUGUGAAUCGUAACAAAUUGCGGAGAUUCGGGGUGCCCAAUAGUUUCGUGACCGACGGUUGUAUAAUUGUGGAGAAUGUGAAUUUCUUGCAAGAUUUACACACCAGUUGCACCCAAGUGGUGAGCGAAAAUAAUCCCAUGCUCAGCUUGGCGUAUUAUUUGGAACAAGCGAAAUUCGUGUCCGGGCUGAAUACCCUAAAUCCGCUUAGUCGAAGCAAGGAAAAUGUUUACGAGGUGUGCGCGAAAUACGAUUGCUUAUCGCCGGCGAUAAAAAUUUGCGACGGGUCGCUGGAAAAGUGCGAAGAUUUCCACAAAAACGACACCAGAACGAGCGUACAGUGCAAUUCGACCGUUUGCAUCAACGCCGUCCGCCGAUUACGCUACAAUUUCAACCACAACGGCACGAAAGGUUUAACCGACGUUUCGCUAUCGGUUAAUCUCGGAAAUAUCUCGCGCGAAUCCAUCACCCAAGAUUUCCACGUGAAGUUUUCGUGGAAAAACGCCUCGAUGACAACCGCGAGUUUGAGCGGAAAUCCCGGCUACUUGAUCGGAAGACCUAUACUCACCGCUACUCUAACGCGAAACAGCACUAACUUCACUACGAUAGGUAAAUCGAUUACCAAUUACCUGUCGAUACCCAGUAACAUAAACGGCGAAUGCGUAAUGAACUCGUCCCAUCACACCGCCAUCGAAUUCGGUUUCAACCUCCUAACCCGCUGUAGAUUCCGCAAGCUAAUACACAAUCGAAGAAAAUCCCCGAACGCCACGGAAAUGUGCAGAGAACUGCAAAACGCCACGUUGGAAAUUUGGAAUUUGCUGGAUAACGGGAUAGUAAUAGGCCUAUUCGGUAACGCGAACGCCGGGAAAUCGGACGAUUGGGAGAGGAUUCUCUACGAAGAAUCCCCUCGAAUCGCGUGCGAUCGUACUCGAGGCGCGUAUCGUUCGAAAGACUCGACGAUAUCCUGCGGAAAUUUGAUAAAGGGCGUGAGGAUUGGGAUUUUUCAUUCGAGGAUCGAUGUGGGAACGUUGGUGGAUCAGCGGAAGAUUUUGGCCGUUACUGUCUCGUUUAUUUACUAUAACGUUUCGUUGGGUUACAGUAAAGCGGAUAAUUCUGUAAUGGCGGAUGUCGAAUUGGAAACGCAGGUGAGUUUCUACGAUUUGACGGGGGAGAAGACGAGGAAAAUCGUCGAUCCGCCUAGCGUGGAUAUCAAAUUGCCUUACGAUUUUUUCUACCCGUUUGUACGGAUUAAUAAUUGUUCUGUUGGUGUUACGUGCGAUUUUUUCGUUUUAAUUUUUAACGUAAUGCUUGUUUUAUUUGCACAAGUUUGUUGAGAAAGGGCCUCGAGCAGUCGUACCAAUAGACCCUAAAACCUAGUGAUUUUUUUGUUGUUACAUUGGUCACACUGUACGACACUGAAUUUUUCAAGUGUAAUAGAUUUUUAUAUAAGGUGUACUAGAUUGUUAAUUGGAAUUAAUUAGAUAAGUAAUGUUCUUUUUUAUCGAAAUGGAAAACGAUAACCUUCAACAAACUCUUUAUUUU